AUGAAGUCCUUCGAUUGGGCUGAGGCAUUCAAAAAGCAAAAAAAUACUAAUAUUCUCACGACAAUAAAAAUUAAGGGUCUUUUGACCUCGGAGGCUUUUCAAAAAGCGCGAUUGUGUGCUGAAAAAUUGCACGGACAUUUGCCACACAAAUUUGCCAAACCUCAAAUUCAUGGGAUGCUUCAAGUCGCGUGGUGUGAUCGAAUCGAACAAAUUCGAAGGUGUUUCGGAGGUGAAACUUGGAACAUAGAACGGCCAGUGAUCGUUUUCAUUGAUAACAAACUAAUUGGCGAUGACGUUAAAUUUUUGCGGCACAUCGGCAAAACUUACGCUUUCAAUCUUCCGAUCGAUACGGAAUAUUAUGAAAAUCUCAUCGUGCAAGAAUACGAGAAAUUUAUGAAAAGAUUGGGGCGAAAGUACGUUUAUUUCACAUUUACGACCGACGAAACAGUGAUCGGAUCAUUUUUAAUUAUGUUGUAUACAGAUUUAGUGCCAAAGACAUGCGAACAUUUCUUGAAACUUUCUACUGGAUUCAGAAGCAAAAAUGCUUGGGGAACGAUACUUUGUUACAAAAACACCAAAGUCCGUCGUAUUGUAAAGGACGGAUGGAUUCAAAUUGGCGACGUUUUAGAAUCGAAUGACGAUCUUGACGAGACUGUGCUGAAUGAAAUAACGAUAAAUGAUGAAUCUUAUUGCAUCCCUCACGAUCGUAGAGGCGUUAUAUCGUUGGCAAAUGAUGGAAAGCAGAGCAGAGAUCAAUUCGUUGUUUCGUUGAAAGCCAACGAAUGGAUGAAUUCUUAUUACGUUGCUUUCGGACAACUGAUCGAUGGUGCACAAACUUUGAGUAAAAUUGAAAAUUUACCGACAUUUUACGAAGCUCCGAUGGUAGAAACAGUGAUAUCAGAGUGCGGCGAAUACUCGUUUGACGGAGAAAAAGAAACGGCAGAGGAGCUCAAAGAGGAGUGUGAAAAUUAUGAGGACACAAACUCGCUCGAUGAAAAAAGCGAUCGUUUAACAGACGUCAUCGACACUCGUGACGUCGCGUCCUUGAUCAUGUUUGAACGUUAUGAACAAGGAUUAUAUUCGCUUACGACUGAUAAUUCACCGGAUUUGCAAAAUGAUUGAAAGAAUCAGAAAUUUUUGUCUAAUUCAUUUAAUGACAUCUACUUAUUUCAAGCUUGACAGCUAUUUUUUACCCUGUCAAACAACUAUUCCGAUAAAUAAACAAUAAAUAAAAAUACUAUAAAAUAA